GGCGGGUGUCGCCAUAGCCCGGUUUGUGUACAAAUAGCGAGUGCGCGCGGACCGCAAACAGCAACAACAACAACGGUGCCACGCCGAGGGCGCGUGCGAGUGGAGAUCGGGGUAUGAAUGCGGAGUCGUAGCGACCGAGCCGAGCAGCGACUGGUCAAAGCCCCGCUUUCCCGAGCAACGGCUGGCACCGCGCACGGCGUCGCCAUGGAGACGGUGGUGAUCGUGGCCAUCGCGGUGCUGGCCACCAUCUUCCUGGCGUCCUUCGUGGCCCUGGUGGUGGUGUGCCGCCACCGCUACUGUCGCCCCACCACCCUGCACCAGUUCGAGUCCAAGCCUACGGUGGACCUGAUCGGCGCCAUGGAGACGCAGAGCGAGCCCUCGGAACUGGAGCUGGACGACGUGGUCAUCACGAACCCGCACAUCGAGGCCAUCCUGGAGAACGAGGACUGGAUCGAGGACGCCUCGGGCUUGGUUUCACAUUGUAUCGCUAUAUUAAAGAUAUGCCACACUCUGACAGAGAAGCUCGUUGCCAUGACAAUGGGCUCAGGGGCGAAGGUGAAAGCCCCGUCCAGCCUCAGCGACAUCAUCACGGUGGCCAAACGCAUCAGCCCCAGGGUGGACGACGUCGUUCGGUCCAUGUAUCCCCCUCUGGAUCCCAUCCUUCUCGAUGCCAGGGCCACCGCCCUGCUGCUGUCCGUGAGCCACCUGGUGCUGGUGACCCGCAGCGCCUGUCACAUGACCGGCAGCCUCGACUGGAUCGACCAAUCGCUGCACGCCGCGGAGAACCACAUGGCGGCGCUGAGGCAGGCGGCGUUGGCGUCCGAACCGGAGCGGAACUUUCCGGCGGCUGAGGCCAUCCAGCAGGAACAGGCCAUCUAGAGAGACCUGGGCGCCCACAAAACACACACAGGAGCACAACAGCAUGGCAGACAGCCCACGACACACACUCACAUAUAAAAUUGUAUAACAUACAGUAAACACACAUAUAUAUUCUUAUAUUAAGGGCUGUAGCAGUUUACCUGUAUUUUACAUGUACACAUUGUGACGAAAUGCAUUUAUUUUAUAUACAGCAGUUAUGAUUCUUUAAGCCGGUGCAUAAAUACUGGCCUUUUUUCUUGUAGUUUUCCUCUGCAUUUGCUUUUGUUAUGUCAGCUGGAACGUCUCCCUUUUCGCUGCGACCCAUCACAUUUGUUGGACGGGUGGCGUCCACGCGGCGACGGAGCGAGAGCAGCAGUGCUUACGGCCACUCGGCACUCUUUCUUUCACCGACGACUCCAUUACUGGCUUUUAGUGCGUUUUUCUCAAGUCUGAAUUGGAUUCCUUGCUCUAAUUUUGGAGCGUAACACACAGCCGCUGCUGCGAGAGACACGGACAGACAUUCGGGGUUCGAAGGAAAAAACCCAGCUGUCGAACAGCACGGCCUUUUCACGUUUGACUGAUGCUUUUCCUCUAACUCGGCGUACAAUGUUAAAGCACCUAUGCUUAUUUACCUAUUUACACAGCUGGGUAAUUUCACCGGAGCAAUUUAGGGCGAGUACUUUACUCAAGG